AUGGGUGCAUCCUCGUCGGUUCGCAGUAUACCACUCACACUAUUUCAAACGAAUGACGAUUCUCCGAAAAUUUUGGUUCUAGGUUGUAUGGGAUGCGGCAAAUCGACGCUUAUUCGACGUCUCGUGAAGCGAAAUAGACCGAUUGCUGUCAAGAAUAUGUAUUAUGUUCACACGGUGCAAUUCAAUCUACUCAAACUUUAUCGAGAAUUGCGUCGAGUUUGCGAUGAUCUCAAUUUGGACAUUCUCGCUUAUGAGGAGGAUUUCGACAGCAUCUACGAUUUUCGUCAUCGCGAAGAGAUUAGCGACAAGAUCCACGCCGCUCUCAAGCGAUUGUCCAAAUCAGGAUUAUUCGAGGAAUGUCUCAAAAAACGACGAGUUCUCCCGUUGCCUAUCAAUUACCACUACUUCUACCAGCAUACUGAUCGCAUUCUGAGCAAAUCUUAUGUUCCGACGGAGACCGACAUUUUCAUGGCAUAUUCGGAGACUAUCGGUGUCAAUACUGAAUCUAUUAAAAUCGGACAGUCGAAAUUCGAGAUCACUGAACUCCCAGGCCACCAUAUUUGGCGAAAACGAUGGCCCGACUUUUUUUCGAAUGUUUCAGUUCUUACAUUCAUUGUCGAUAUGAGCGAAUUGUGUGAUCAAGCCUUCUACACGGGUUAUUUGAAAGACAAAACAGUAGGAAUCUAUAAAGAUCUCGUGCAGAAUCCUAUUUUCGUCCAUACUGGAUUCCUGCUUCUUUUCAACAAGCACGACACAUUCAAUGAGCAUUCAGCCGGUUUCGACUUCCGCAAACUCGCUUCCCAUCUUCGAACGCCGCAUGAGGCGCUCUCCUAUUAUAGAUCCCAAUUUUCUUCAAUUUCGCCAAAAAAUCGAACAUUCCAUCAUAUUGUUUCCUUGACAAAGACAAAAGAAUUUCCACAAGCAGUUUUCGACUCUUUAAACAAAAUCUUCCGUCAGCAGAAAGAGAAUGCACGCUUGACAUAA